AUGCAGGCUAUCCAUCAAGAACGGCCCUCGGUCCAUGGGGAACCACCUGUCUACACCGAGCCUGUGUCGCAGGAUCAUCCCCACCAAGUGCCGGUCCCCAAGAACGUUGCCUUUGAGCUUUUGCUCGAUGAAAACUCCAGGGUUCGAGCUCGCAUCCCCAUGCGAGUACAGAUCUACCCGCAUGAUACCACGGAUUCGAUUGUGACAACGGUGAAGAAUUUCUAUGGCAUCUAUGACGGCGCUGCCAGCGGUGUCAGCUUCGAGGAUGAAAGUGGUAUCACUCUCAUUGCAAGGUAUGAGAAUCUGAGAAACAAUAUGACUGUCUAUGUGCGGGUCAUCCCCGUUCAAGCAUACUCGGAAGACUACGGAGACCGCUAUUAUGGCAUUCCAGGCGAGGGUCGCAAGCGUCCCAGUCUUGGCGAGCCCUUCCAGCUGACGCCGGCUGCGCAGCCGGCGCAGCUUCUAGAGCACACCAACCAGCCACCCUCCCGGCCCACUUCCCGACUGGCUCGUAAGCGCAGCACGUCGCCUUCUGGCCGGAGUCGCCGUAGCGCCUCGCAGAACAAGCAGCUUUCUAGAGCUGGUAACAAGAGCAGGGGCUCUAGUACUCAUGGUAGCUUCCAUGAUGAUGGCGCCUCUGGCUAUAGUGAUAGCGAAGGCGGUUAUGGCUCAGUCUCUGGUACCAAGAAGUCGCGAAGCGAACAGUUUGGUAGCUCGGAUAUCAGCAUGGAAAAUAUACUGCACGAUGGUCGCCGAAAGCGACCCAAGUUCGAAAGCUCGGAAUUACCGCUCUUUGUUCCUCCUCAGGUCCCUCUGACGACUUCCACAUCCUCUAUCUCUCCUCAGCGUCGAUCUGUCGGCCAAGAGGGUGCUAUCUCGCCCUUCGCACGCCCUAACCAGCGCCCCUACAACUACCAGCAACCAUUGCCUUCCCCACAAAGCUAUAGACACAACGACCAGGCAUAUACCAUGAGCUCUGCUCAGAACGUCAUCUACGCUACUCCUAUGGUGCCUGAACAUGGCCAUCGUCUUCGCGAUCGCACUGCUGUGCCAUCGUCGGGACAAUACAGUAGCUCUGCUAGCCGUGCUGGUGCUCCUGGGGUUCUUCCUACCCCUGAUCCUACUAUUGCUAGUUGCAUAUCGGACGAGGAUGUUGCGAUGCAGCUGAUCCGACUAGGCGACGCUUCAAAUUUCUCCCAUGGUCGGACAUCUGCAUCCACCUUGGACGAUGCCUUUAGCGGGGCUGCCGAUGCUGCGUCUUCUACUGGCGCCACUAGUGAGGGUGAGGACUUCAGCGAGGACGAUGAUGACCUACCGGCGCGGAACAGACAGAAGCUGGAAUCAAGUCCGAUGCUCCCUCCCGGCACCACUAAACGCACACAUAAGCGAUUAGAUGAUAUCCUGCCCAGCUUUGACAGCUCGGACGGCAGCUAUGAUGGCAUGGAUGAGGACUAUCAACAGGAGGAACUCAAUGAUACCCUGGUUAAAAGCGAGGUUGACGAGGAUUCGCUCUACGCGGAAACAACGCCCAAGCCCAAGAAGGCGAAGAUCCGGUCAACCAGUAUUGCUUCUGCCAAGUCUCGCGUGGUCAACAAGACUGCGCCCUCCCGGCAGAACAAGGUUGGCAAGCCUGCUUCAUCUGCUGUGCCUCGUAAGGCCAAGUCGACGGUCGCCAUGGGAAACCAGAAGGCGCCUCCGCCGCCGCAGAUGGUUAGCCCUGCCCCGACCCGCAAGACUUCCACAUCUUCAAUCAAUGGCCAGCAUCCCCUUGCUGCGGACGAAGAGGACCUCUCCACCAAGCCUCGCUGCCAGCGCUGCCGCAAGAGCAAGAAAGGCUGCGAUCGCCAGCGCCCUUGCGGUCGAUGCAAGGAUGCUGGUAUUGGCCUUGACGGCUGUAUCAGCGAGGAUGAGGGAAAUGGUCGCAAAGGCCGCUACGGCCGCCACAUGGGCGUGCCAGUCAAGAAAUCCCUGGACGGGGUUCCUGUGAGCAGCGAACCUCCAUCAACCAUCACAACGCUUAUCUCUGCUUCGGCGUUAGCUGAGAAGAACAAGAAGCGCAAGCGCUAG